AUGGACAAGUCUGCCACGCCGGGCAGCGCUGCCGCCCCCUCCGUGGCCCCGAACCAGCCAGCCAACAAAACGAGCGCCGCCGCGCCCACGCUGAAUAAUGAGCUAGAGAUGGGUAACAUCGGCGGCGAUGCGCCGAGCGCGGAAAACGACAUAAUGCAGAUUGCAAGAGUGGGAGACGUACCGGCCAUGGAGAAGCUCUUCGAGUCGGGAGAAUACGAUGCGACAUACACUGACGACGAAGGCAUCACACCCUUGCAUUGGGCGGCGAUAAACAACCAGUAUGCCAUGAGCAAGUUCCUCAUUGACAAUGGCGCCGAGAUCAACAAAAAGGGAGGAGAAUCCGUCGCGACACCUCUUCAAUGGGCCGCUCAGAGAUGCCACUACUACACCGUCAAUCUCCUCCUUCAACAUGGCGCCGACCCCCUCAUCACCGAUGCCCAGGGCUACAAUACCCUCCACAUCUCCACCUUCAACGGCAACACCCUCCUGCUGGUCCUCCUCCUCCACCAGGGCAUCCCAGUCGACGUGCUCGAUAGCUACGGGCACACGGCGCUCAUGUGGUCGGCCUACAAGGGAUUCCCGCAGUGCGUCGACCUCUUCCUCCGCUGGGGCGCCAGCGUCCACACCACCGACGAGCAAGGGUUUACCGCGUUGCACUGGGCACUGGUCAAGGGCUCGCCCGCGUGCAUACAGAAGCUGCUCGAGUACGGAGCCGACCGGUUCGCCAAAACGUCCACCGGCAAGACCCCAGCCGGCACGGCAAAGGAACUCAACACGACGGGCGCGUGGCACAGGGCCCUGAAGGAGUGCGGAUACGACGAGGACGGACAGCCGAUUGAGCCACAGUUCCCGGGUGCGCGCUUCCUCCGCCAGGAUAAGAGGGGCUUCGUCACCAAGUUCCUGUUCCUGUGGCCUUUCCUGCUGGUUUGGUCCAUGAUCACGAUACUGGCGAGCAUGCCCGUGUAUGCCGGCUUGUUCUUCUCAUUGGCCAUUGGAUACGCCAUGCAAUGGUGCGCCCAACAAGUCAUCGAGUUCGCGCCGCCCGAUAUGAGACAUUUCCACAGAACCCCCUGGCUGGCCGGCAUCUUUGCCGCUUCACUGUUCUGGGUCUCCCUGAGAUGGCUGACUACUAUCUUGCCCGGUACAACGGGCUCGUCAGACACUACCGGACCUCACUGGUGGUUGAACCUGGCCUUGGGAGCUCUCCUCGGACUCUGUGGCUACUUUUACAGCGCCGCCAUGCGAUACGAUCCGGGAUUCGUCCCCAAGAUGAACGGCAUUGCCGAGCAAAAGACUGUCAUCGACGAGCUCCUGAAGCAGUGGAAGUUUGACGAGACCAACUUUUGCGUCACCUGCAUGAUCCGGACACCGCUGCGCAGCAAGCACUGCAAGCGCUGCCAGAAGUGUGUCGCCAAACACGAUCACCACUGCCCAUGGGUCUACAACUGCAUCGGUGUAAACAACCACCGUCACUUCUUCUUGUACCUCAUCAGCCUGACUUUGGGCAUUAUCGUCUACGACUUCCUCGUCUACUACUACUUUUCCAACAUCUCGGACAAGGCUUCGGAUAGCUGCAACUUCCUCAGUCCUGGUCUUUGCAAAGUCGUCAACGCCGACGAAUACACGGCGAUCACCACCGUCUGGGCCACUCUGCAGCUUACCUGGGUUGGCAUGCUUCUGUUUGUGCAGUUUGUCCAGGUCUCCCGAGCCAUGACGACCUACGAGAACAUGUUUGGCGUCCAAGACGGCUCCCUCACCUCGGCCUUCACAUCGACCGGAACGCCCCUGGACCCGAACCACCCGUCCCUUGCCGCCCCCGAGGCGGCCGGUAGUCACGGCCAUGCCCACGGCCACAAGCACAAGGGUGGACUCCUGCAGCGGUGGUCCCGCCUCCUGGGUGUUGACCCAUUCAUCGAGACCAUCCGUGGCCGCGGUGCCGCGACCCAGAACAAGCGGAGGAAGAAGAACCCGUACUCCAACGGCUGCAUGGCCAACUGCCGCGACUUCUGGUGCGACCCCGCGCCUACGUUCGGCCGGCGCGAGAACGGCUCCGCCGUGCUGGCGGGCGAGCCCGUCAACUACACGGCCAUGUACGAGAGCCCAAGCCUGAUGAACAUGGGCAGAGGAAGGAGAAGGGCGGGCGGCUACGAGUCCGUAGCUGCCGAGGAGGUGUAA